AUGCCGUCAACAUUGACAACAAUCACUGAUGUCAUUCAGCAUACCAUCAAUAUAGGCAACCUCAGGCUGCCUGAGAAUGGCUUCUUUCCAGAGGCGAUUACGGCUGAGCUCUUACGGGAGGAGGAUGCUGGCCCGCAUUACUGGGGUUCGGUGGUAGCCACUGGGUCAUCAAAAUUAUGGGUGCAAACGACAGUGGCAUCGGCGAGCAUGGUGAGUCGGACUGGAGACGGCAAUGAGAAGCCAUUCAAAGGCGACUUGAAAAACGAAUUAUAUUUUCGGAUCGUCACGGGAUUUAACGUCUAUGCUGCAACAAGCGGAGAUGCGCAGAUGACUUUCUUCCUACCACCAGGGUACAAAUGUGCCCAAACUGGUAGUGCAUGCACUUCAUCGUGUAUUGCCGAUAAUUUUGUUCCGGACACUUUGUCGGUUUUCAAAGACGCCGAGACGGGUGAAUAUCUGGUGCCCUCGAGCCGUGGGCAGUUGGGACAAGCAGUAGCGGACUUGGUCAACGAGGCUGAGUGGAACAGCACGGACGCUCUGGGCGUGAUAAGCCAACCUGGGUACGUUCCGGCCACAUGUCGACUCACAUUCCGGGAGGGUAUGGUGAUGUAUGGCAACACUGUGGUGUUCGUCGGCAUCACUGUGGACAAUCCCUCUACAGCGCUACAACAGUCCGAUAGUACCAAUGUGUGGACAUUUGAAGUGAAUCAGAAAGACAGCGGGCCGAGUUAUGAUAAGGCAGCUUUGAUGUUCACUUUGUCGCAACCCACGACGACGACAGCGUCCUUCGCGCCUGUCGCCAAUCCUGAGCAUUUCAGUUCUAAUGUGGCGGUUCUUGGAAAGCUGUCGGACGAAGUCAUUAUUCCCACCAAUUUCGCUGUAGAGGCUUGGAAUGAACUGCAGAUCUUUUUCAAGACGGAACAAGAGUGCGGUAGCGCUGAUGAUGGUGCUGCACAAGUGUGGGUUGAAGCACCUGCGGGUUUUGACUUUUCAAACUAUUGUUCGCUCCUUACGCUUGACGACGGCUAUUUUGUACCCGAACCGGCGAUUCCCACGAAGAGAUUACCGGUUGGCACGAAUAUUGAUUGUCGUGGCGCAGCGACUUUAACUUUGGCUGCAUCGAGCACCCUAUAUAACGUUGCUCGGGUCGCUACUACCAGCCGUAUAUUGGGAGGACAGUUCUACGCGUUCGGUCUGCAAGUUCGGAAUGCCGCUGAGUAUGAGCAUGGUGGUAGAUGGACCAUCACGACUCGCACAAAAUCUGGUUCACCAUGUGAUCGCAGUUUCUACAAUGUGAGAAUGAACCCUCAGGAAGCAGCGGGCAGCAAUAGCCAGUCUUGGGGUGUUUACCAACGAGCAAUGCCGCGCAGUAACUUUGGUAUCACCUUGGUCGACUUGAAACCGGCGGUUUUGGAGACGGAUUCUCCCACUGAUAUAAUCAUCUUUCCUAUAAUCGUCCAGAAGAACACGAAACAAAACUUCAGGAUUGUGGCGCCUGGAGGAUACAAAUGGGAGUUCACUAAUGAGGAAUUCAAAUACAAAUCACCGCAGAUUGGUCUUGCGGAGAGUGAGGUUGUCGAAGGGGCCGAUAGGGAUCUGCCGUUGACAACGAUUCCUAGUCGGCCGAUCGUGGAGCCCUUCAAUGAGCUCAUUGUGGCGUAUUUGAGCAGCGAACUGGUGGCCGGCUAUCAGUAUGGCAUCAAGACUAAGAUAAGAGUUCCUCGGAAUACUCCAACUGCAAGUUCAAAUGUUUUCAUCAUUGAAUUCGGCUUCGAUGAAACAACAUUGACAGGGCGUUCUGAAGCUGGAGUGGAAGAUGCCCCGCCAGUGCAAGCCUUGAUCAAUGGAGAGAUUACCUAUCGCACGAGCAUCGUUGGGGCGAAUAACGAGAUAUGCUUCCGCAUACAGACUAUAACCCCUAUUGCCCGGGGCGGAGGACUAGUCAUUGAAGGACCAACCGGUUUCAUUUUCGAGAAGGAGUGCACGGCUAUCACAUUCCCCGACUUUACGUCCUUACCAACGGAUAGCUACUGCCGAUAUGAAAUCGAUCAGACUGCUCGUGACAUACCCGUGGUCACCAUCACUGCUGGCAUUAGCGGCAUCGCCGCUGGCAUGUACAAGUUCUGUCUAACCGUCCAGAAUCCGAGCACAGUCAGCGAUACCAUCGGUAUGUGGACAUUCCACAGCUACGCCCUCAUCAGCGGAAAGACCUAUUUAGACUAUUCAACGCAGGCACCUGGGUUCUCCAUCAAGGGCCCAAUGUAUGCCUAUCGGUUACUGGAGCAACGCCGCCGGGAUGAGUGUGGCAUCGCCCCAGUAUCGAGCACUUGUACUUUGGAAGAAUUGAGCUACUGGCUCACAGGAAGGGAUGACCGUCCUGGAUUUCCUAAUCAGCUCAUAUUCGGGUUCGCUCUAACGCACGCUGGCCUCGAUGGUCAGCUGGUCGUCACAGCUCCGAUUGGCUUCGAGUUUGAUUAUGAAUGCGGAGUCGUCACGGAUUCUUCUCGGGUUCUCGAUGCCACCAAGUCGACAGACGACACAUCCCUUCCAGAUAGCUUCACCCAGCUUUACGAACCAUGGCCAGCUCCGCCGUUUGGGGAGAUUACGCGUUGUACUGCUGAGGACAACGUGGCUCGUAUGGACAUCAGGCAGGGGCUUAACGCAAGCAAAUUAUACAUAUUCCGGCUUGGCAUUUUGAGGAACCCCAACGCGACGCCACAGCGCAACAAGUGGCUCAUCGAGUACGGAAAUGAAACCUCAGAGCCGAUUGAUGGUUUCCCGAUAUGGGCAUUCUACUAUGGGAAAAUUACGGCUAGUGACACUAGCGCUAGCUCCAGCAUUCGACCUACUUAUAAUCUGGUUACUAUCGAACUUGGGGUUACCAACACUAUUCCGGGUGGAGGCCUUAUCGAAAUAGAAGCACCGACGGGCUUCCUGAUAGCUUCGGAAUGUGAGGCCACAGUGAGUGAGAGAGACACUGGUGUGCCGAUCGAAGUGGAGUGUAAAGGGGCAGCCAGAGCGUCAAAUGACUGCCAGAUACUGGUCUCGGCUGGCCAAUCGAUGGUCGCUAAUGCGAUCUACAUAAUUACAGUGAUGGUUAGUAACCCUACUUCGAUAUCUCCUGUGAACUCGUGGACAUUCCAGUCCUAUGAGAAGGCUGAUGUUACUACCUCUACACUAGACUAUGCGCAGUUUCCAGGUUUCAGCGUGAACUUCGUCACCACCUCUUUCAAGAUGCUAUCUGCGUCAUCCCAUUACGGCCUCACCGAAGUCCGCUUAGAAUUUCUCAUGUCGUUUCCGGACGUCGUUGUGGCCAGUGACGAGAUAGUGCUACUAGCCCCUCGAGGCUUCAGCUUCAGCGAGAUAGGCAAGGAAGAGUGUAGGGAUUAUGCAUUGAUAUCACAUGAAGGAGUAUCACCAUCUACAGCCCUGGACCGGAGUCCUCCUGUAUGCUCUGCUAAUAUGAUUUCGUGGACUAUUCUGGAGGGAGCUUUGUUCGCUUCGGUACGCAAUAAUACCUCAGCUGAAGGAUGUGAGCAUUUCAUUGGUAGAGCCUCCAGUGAGAGCUGCAAACAGCUACAGUACGAUCGAGAUCAAGCUAACUCCAAUAACCCCUUGCUAACCUACUCCUGA